AUGCGGGCCAAGAUCCUCUUUCAGUCCACUUGGCUGAGAGGCUUAGAUUGGGACACCCCGCUCGACGACGCCGGCAUCCUACUUUGGCGGGACUUCCAGGUAAAGCUGCCACGACUGGAGGAGAUCAGAGUGCCUCGAAGUCUACUGCUGGGUGGCUCCAGAGGGGCGAUCGAGUUUCACGGCUUCGCGGAUGCGUCAGAGCGAGCCUACGCGGCCGUCCUCUACGUACGGGCAGACUCCGGUGACAGCGGGCGUCAAGUGAGGAUAAUAAUGGCUAAAACUAAGGUGGCUUUUCUGAAACAGGUCAUCUUGCCGCACCUGGAGCUAUGCGCCGCCACGCUGCUUGUCCGGCUUGAUGCUCACGUUCGACGGAUUUUGAGAGUGUCGGAGACGCCGAUCCAUUUGUGGUCCGACUCUACCGUAGCCCUAGAUUGGAUCCAAGGUCACUCAUCCCGAUGGAAAACUUAUGUGGCUAACCGCGUGACCGACAUUCAGACGACCAUGUCUGAAGCCAUUUGGCAUCAUCUUCCGGGACGAGACAACCCGGCUGAUUGUGCCUCUAGGGGGGUCUUGCCGAGCGAUCUCGUGAAUCACCCUCUCUGGUGGAGGGGGCCAUCGUGGCUGAGUACCAGCGAGGAUCCAUGGCCGGUACCACCUUUCCCCGAUCAAAAUUGGGACAGCGAUCUUAUGGAGGAGCGAUUCCGAAUUCUCCUUAUCAUGACUCAGCGGAUUCGUGUCGAGGAGCCUGAAGAGCUGAUGCAGUUCUCGUCGCUACAUUGUUUGCUGCGCGUGACGGCCUGGUGUCGCCGAUGGCUGGGCGGACGUGGAUCGGCUGGACGGGUCGCCGGGGUGGAGGCUCAGCCGGCGCUGCCGCUGUAG